ACAUUUUCGGGGUAAUGGCAAGCUGAGCGUGAAGUACAACUCCGUGACCCCCACCCCCACCACCGCCUCUCCUCCCCCAAUCUCGCGAACCCUAGCCCGCCAUGUCGUCGCCCCCGCCGACGGGCGCGGCGGAGCCCGAGGUCGAGAGCCGCGACUGGGCGGAGAUGCCGUCGGACGCGCUCGCGGCGGUGUUCGGGAAGCUGGACGUGACCGACCUGCUGACCGGGGCCGGGCUGGUGUGCCGCGCGUGGCGCCGGCUCGCGGCCACCGACCCCACCCCGUGGCGCCGCGUGGACAUGAGCCACCAGGGGGACAUCAUGGAGGACGACGAGGCGGAGGCCAUGGCGCGCGCCGCGGUCGACCGCGCCGCCGGCACCAUGGAGGCAUUCUGGGCCGACUCCUUCGUCACCGACGGCCUCCUCCUCUACAUCUCCGAGAGAGCCUCCUCAUUGAAGAGCCUUCAACUCAGCAUGUGCCUCAAUGUCAGUAAUGAAGGGAUUGCAGAGGCAAUGAAGGGCUUUCCUCAGCUUGAGGAGCUGGAUAUUACAUUCUGUUCUUUGUAUGGUGAUGUGUGUGCAUCUGUUGGCAAAGCUUGCCCAGAACUUAAAUGCUUCAGGUUGAACGAACGUUAUACUUUUCCAAUGGAUUAUGCAGCCCCUGGUGUUAUGGAUGAUGACACUGGAGCAUUAGGGAUUGCAAGCAAUAUGCCUAAUCUCCGAGAACUUCAGUUGAUUGGCAACAAGCUAACUAAUGAUGGGCUAAUGUCAAUCCUAGACCAUUGCCAACACCUUGAAUCCCUGGACAUACGCCAGUGCUACAGCAUUCAAAUGGAUGAUGCUCUGAAAUCGAAGUGUGCUAGAAUAAGAGAUGUUAAGCUUCCUCAUGACUCAAUCUCUGAUUUCAAGUACCGAGCUUACAUUGUCAGCACCGGUUAUUCUGGUUCUGAUUUGGAGGUUGAUAUGUAUGAUGAUCUACUGGAUGUGGUCACUGAUGAUGAUGAUGCUGACUUUGAUGAUAUGGAUGAUGAUGAUGAUGCAUGCUCUGAUGGUGCCAUAUAUGAUGAUGAAUUUGAUAUCUGAUGAGAAUUAGGUCCAGACUGUUACAUCGUGCAUGUGAAAAUUGUGAGGUAGAACAGUAUGGUGUUCAUGCCUGUUAAGAGUAUGGAAUCUAGGUCUUCAUAUCAGGGCAGGAAGUAUCCUGGUGUUUAUAUUCACUCUUCUUUUGCUGUCCUCAUUUUCCAAGAAGCUGUAACUAAUUAUAUGUUAAGUCUACUAUGAGUCCCAGUUGUGUGGACAUGUUCUUUGAUGUGCAAUUUAUGCAGUACUUUCUAGUUGCAACAUAGUAUCCAUCUGGUUUCUAAAUUGGUUUGACUUAAAUUUGUGAUGAUGAGUGCCAUGAAU